GUAUGUGUGUAAACUGAGUGGCAGCACAGGCAGACUGAGAGGCUAAGCUGCUCCAUGCUCUCCUAGAGCACACUACUCCUGAUGGUCCUAUACACACAUAGUUCUGACACCACAGAUUCUACACAUCUCCAGAUACGGGUUCUACACUUUUCCAAGCACAGAGAAAAGUUGAGAAGAGCAUGUGACAACUGAGACGAGUCCCGUUCUGUCUCUCUGUCCUCUCUAGCUCUCCGGAUCUGUCUCUCCGGAACAUUACUGAACUCUAGGAUUACCUGUGCAAGGAAAAUAUUUGGGACACUGCAGGAGGAGAAGAAGCCUAAAAUCCCAGUCCCAGUAAAAGCUGAUUCCCUCCACCAUUCAUCCAAUCACAGCUUGCAGGCUCCACUCACCCUCAUCACUGCCAUAUUUAACCUGUGAUGGAAACAGUGGAGGCAGAUUGCAUGCAAACAGCAGUUGGUGAUGCCAUAGUAGAUGAGGAGGAAGUGGCAGUCGCCAUGGCUAUCAGUAAUGCAACUGAAGUGGGGCGAGAAGAAGGAGGUGCCAUGGCAAUUGGUGAUGCUCUGUUUGAACAGCCAGCAGAAGCAGGUGCCACAGCGAUGCCAAUUGGUGAUUCUUCAGAAAUGCCAAUUAGUGGUGCCACAGUGACACAAAUGAAUAGUGCCUCAGAGAUGCCAUUUGAUGGUGCUACAAUGAUGCCAAGCAGUGGUGCUACACCAGUACUAAUUGAUGGUGCCACAGGGAUGCCAGUUGAUGGUGGCAUGGAAUUGCCAAGCAGUAGUGCCACAGCAACACCAAUUACUGGUGCUACGGCCAUGCCAGCUGAUGGUGCUACAUCAAUGCCAGUUGAUGGAGGCAUGGAAUUGCCAAGCAAUAGUGUCACAGCAACACCAACCACCGGUGCUACGGCCAUGACAGCUGCUGAUGCCACAGUGAUGCCAGUUGACGGUGGCAUGGAAUUACCAAGCAAUAGUGCCACAGAAACACCAAUGACCGGUGCUACGGCCAUGCUAGCUGAUGGUGCCACAGCGAUGCCAGUUGAUGGUGGCAUGGAAUUGCCAAGCAAUAGUGCCACAGCAACACCAACAACCGGUGCUACGGCCAUGACAGCUGCUGAUGCCACAGCGAUGCCAGUUGACGGUGGCAUGGAAUUACCAAGCAAUAGUGCCACAGAAACACCAAUGACUGGUGCUACGGCCAUGCCAGCUGAUGGUGCCACAGCGAUGCCAGUUGAUGGUGGCAUGGAAUUGCCAAGCAAUAGUGCCACAGCAACACCAAUCACCGGUGCUAUGGCCAUGCCAGUUAAUGGUGCCAUGGCAAUGAUGUUCACUAUUGCCAUGGACUGUGAACCCUCCACCCCUGAUGUGGAUCUGUGCAAGGUCUGUGGGCAGCGUCACUUGCUGGAUGAGAACCACGAGUACAACUACAAAGACGAGGUGGAUGAUGAGCUCACAUGCCACAUCUGCCUACAGCCCCUAAUCUCCCCAUUGGACACGCCAUGUGGACAUACCUACUGCCAGGAGUGCCUGACAAACUUCCUGGUAGAGAGUGAUUUCUGCCCAGUGGACCGUGUCCCCAUCCUGCUGCAGAACUGCCGCAAGUCCAGCGUGCUUGUGAACAAGCUGCUGGACAAGCUUACCGUGUUAUGCCCUUUCAAGGAGCACUGUUCUGAGACCAUGCCAAGGGGAGAGCUGCAUGGGCAUCUCUUGAGCAGAUGUAAAGGAGCUUCACAUUAUGGCCUGUCGGCUGAGAGAAAGCGCCGCUCGCAGGAAGGAGAGUGCACCGACAGCACAUCAGAGCUCGCUCUGGCAACCCUGCCUGGCGAUGGCCCCGCCUCCAGCGCCAUGGCCCUCCUAUCAGACGAACCUGGCCUCGUCAAUCCCGCUUACGAGCCUGGCAUGGAGGACAACAGCCAAUCAGGGAGCACCACCAGCCUGACAGCACGCAGCAACUCCAAGAAGAGUGAGUUCCGUAACUUCGACCGCUCAUCUGUGAGGAGUCGCUCAUUCCGGCGUCUGAACAGGGCGUUCAGCGUGCUCAGGAGGACCAAGAGCGGCACAGCAGUAGUCCACGACAACACAGAGGAAAGAGAUAACCUCAGAAAUGCCAACGUACCACAAGAGGUUUUUGCUCUGCCUCAGCUCCAUCAUCUCAUUCCCGAUGGUGAGGUCACCACAGUUAAGAUCACGCGCUCUGAUCCCUGUGAGCCGUUGGCCAUCAGCAUCGUGGGGGGAAAUGAGACCCCUCUUGUGCGCAUCCUUAUCCAGGACAUCUACAGAGAAGGAGUCAUUGCCCGCGAUGGAAGACUGCUGCCUGGAGACAUGAUCCUCAAGGUGAACGGUAUCGACAUCACCAACGUCCCGCACUGCUACGCCCUUGCAGCUCUGAAGCGUCCCUGCAUGCUGCUCAGGCUGACCGUGCUGCGUGAACAGCGCCAUCGUUACCGCGCGCAUCAUCACCACCACCACCAUCACGUGCCUCAGCCGGGCGAGCUGUUGUACCCGGGCUCCGGUGGCAGCGUGAGGGACGACAGUCUGCACGUGGUGCUGCUGAAGGGUGCGCCAGACGAGCAGCUGGGCAUCAAGCUUGUGCGCCGACCCGAUGAGCACGGCGUCUUCAUCUUCCACCUGCUAGAAGGAGGUCUGGCGGCACGGGACGGGCGUCUGCGUAUCGACGACCGUGUGCUUGCUAUCAAUGGACACGACCUGCGUUAUGGUGCUCCUGAGCAUGCUGCACUGCUCAUACAGGCAAGUGUGGAGCGAGUGCACUUCAUCGUGUCGAGGCAGACUCACGUACCUGCCCCGGAUAUACUACAGGAGGCGCCAUGGAACAUGGAGGGACCCCCACCCUACUCUGCUGUGGACGCUGAGCAAUCACUGGUGGACUCGUGCCAAAAGCUGGGGUGUUACGAGAAGACAGUGACUCUGGUUAAAGAGUCUAACGAGUCGCUGGGCAUGACUGUGGCAGGAGGAAUGAACAGCCGCGGCUGGGACCUGCCUGUCUACGUCACCAACAUUGAUCCCAACGGUGUGGUGGCCCGUGAAGGCUCCAUCUGCAAAGGGGAUAUCCUGUUGAACGUGAAUGGUGUGGAACUGACUGGUGUGACUCGAGGCGAGGCGGUGGCUAACCUGAAGAACACCUCGUCCCCGGUGGUGCUGCGUGUGCUGGAGAUGAGGCCACCUGACAUGAGCUCUGUGGACUGCAUGUCCCCCGCCGUGUCCUCGCCGUCCUCGCCUGGAGACAUCAAAAUGCCCCUGCCCAGCGAUGACUACGCACCCAUAUGGGUAUCCUGGCUUCAACUGCCCAGACACCUGUACAGCUGUAAGGACAUUGUGCUGCGCAGGAGCACAUCGGGGAGUUUGGGCUUCAGUAUCGUAGGAGGUCAAGAGGAGCUCAACUGCAAUCAGUCCUUCUUCAUCCGCUCCAUCGUGGAGGGAACACCAGCAUACAAUGACGGCAGGAUACGGUGUGGAGACAUCCUGUUGGAGGUGAAUGGAAAGAGCACAUGGGGAAUGACUCACACUGCUCUAGUGCGCCUGCUGAAAGAACUGAGGGGCCGUAUUACUCUCACCAUCGUCUCCUGGCCUGGCAGCCUGCUAUAGGCCCAUGUUGUGCAGGGGAGGGGCUUAUUACAAUGACCCUGUGUUGGAGGUUGGAGCGUCACACAGUCCCUGCCCACAAUGAAUGGGCUUUUGGACAUGGACUUCCAUGGUAGGCAAGUCGUAUGAAAUGGACCAGCGCCGUAGAACGUGGGGCAAGGUGCUUUGGCCUCGUCCAGGUACGAGGGACUGACAUGGACCUCAGAUGCUGAAGGUGGGGCGUAUGAUAGACUCUCUUCACAUGAGGACUCACCAAAGGUGUUGGCCAUUGGAAAGAGAUCAUCCAGUGUUAGGUGAUUCAGGUUUAACACCCAAGAGUCCAUGUGAUACUAUUGCCAUAAUUUCAUUGGCUGCCUGUGCACUUGAUAGCCCCCGCCUUCACCGAUAUCAUCAAUUAGGCACAGGAAGCAGACUCCUGUCACUGAGGCCACAUACACGAGGAGCUGAUGAUAAAAAGAAGCACCUAGAAGAACCAUGGUUACACAUUAUGAGGAUAUGAUAUGUGUGAUAAAGUGUAUAUAAAUACUCCUCUGUGGGCAAUGUGCAAACAUAUUUCAUAAGUGUGUAGCUGAUUUGUGGUGGAAGAGAAAGAACUUCUGGGAUAUGUGGAGGUUCAAGCUAAGGUUCAGAGUCUGGGGUUGCCAACUCCGUUAGUUUCUAUGUUAGAACAUGCAUUUAGGUGGACGCACAUUUCUUUCCUGUUAAUGUUAGUGUGUGGGGAAAAAAGAGACAAAUUCAAGCGUUCGUACUACGGCGACUGUUUCUUUCUUUCGUUUGUUUAUUUCUAUCUGUUCCUAUGGCCUUUUUGGAUAUUGGCUUCGCUUUGUUCGUUCUGACAGUAAUGCGUUUUCUCCAUCCACCGGAGAAAGUAGUUUUUUUUUGUCUGUGUUGGUAUGCUGCAGAUGCUGUUGCAAAGAAAAUAUAAAAAUAUAUACCUUUGAUGAGUAUUAUGGAAAAAAAAAAAAGAAAAAAGAAAUUGACUAAAUAAUAUUGUUCAUAACACUCUUUUAAAAAGAAAA